AUGGCUUCACCAUUUAAUAGGGAACUAACACAUGAAAAUAAUGAAAAUGACGAUAAUUCACAACAAACUAGACCACUUCCUGAUGGCAAGAAGUAUCACGUGUUUAUAUCAUACAGUGAAAGUGACAGACCCUGGGUCGAAACAGUAAUACAACACUUACAAAAUGAUUACAAUUUUAAGUGUUUUGAACAUUCAACUGAUUUUAUACCAGGGAAGAAAAUAGCGGAAAACAUAGAAUAUGCUAUGACAAACUCCGUAAAAACAAUGUUUGUUUUAACGGAGGAGCACAAUAAGAGUUACUGGUGCCAUUAUGAAGUAGAAUUCGCCAUAUUAAAGUUGCUAGCUGAAAUGAAAGAAAAUGUCAUCAUUCCAGUCUUAAAGGAGGAAUGUGAAAUACCAGGCUAUCUUAGACCAUUCACUUAUGUGAACGCCACAGGGGAUUUGAACGUGUGGCUUCCAAGACUUGUUUCAGCUAUGGAGGCAGAAGACAUACAGUACAAUCAUGACAUUGACUUAACCAGCGUAAAGGAUGCAGGUAUUGUCUUCAUAAGAUGUACAAAAACAUAA